GUCCAUGACGCACCUUGGGCCGCUCCUGCGCAAGAACUGGGCGCUCAAGCGGCGGCAUCCGAUCGCUGUCUUCUUUGAGAUUGUGCUCCCGACGGUGUUUUUGAUCCUCUUGUCGCUUCUCAAGUCGAAUUUCGACGGCGGCGAUCCGCUUAAGGUCACCAAGCCCGGGUACGAUGGCAGUACGCUCUUUGGCACCCACAGCGCUCGGGAACCGCCGGUGCAAGCGCUCCUCUACAAGUGGUACAACGAUGGUUCGUACUACUCGUACUCGUACGACGCCACGCUGCUCUCGCAAGAAUGCAAGAAUCACCUUCUCCUCUCUGCACCGAAGCCGUCGGUCGCGUGUCGCCCGCCGCAGCUUGCGAUCGUACCCGAUACGGCGUUCACGCGCAAGUACUUUUUCGGGGCGCUCAAGCAGUGGUACCCGUCGGUGAGCGUCCCACUGUCGACGAACGGGUCGGUGACGCUGCCGGGUCUCUCGGACGCGUCCGUGGUGUUUUUCCCUUCGGAAACAGCGCUCGAGGCGUACAUUCAAGGCAGCAACUACGGUAACCAGACGGACGCGAAUGGCGCUGCGCUCAACGCCAACUCGUACGACCCGAUCGUGGCCGCGGCCAUUGUGUUUGCGGACGCGCCGAAAGACGCGGCCAUUGGAACGCCCGUGUCGCUCAGCUACAACCUGCGCUUCCCCGUCAACAACUACGGCGACGGUGCGAGUGCGGUCCCGACGACAACCGGCAGUUACUUCCCGUACCGGACCUACGUGUCGUCGACGGCCCGCAAUACGUACACGGAGCGCGGUUUCUUCACACUGCAGACGCUCAUCACGCGCUUUGCGACGUGCCGCCCCGACUGGCAUGCAUCGAACCAAACGACGACGGGUCAAUGCCAGCAACCGACCGCAGUUGGCCCGGCAUCGCUCGAUGCCACCAACAAGGAUGUAUGGGUGGACGCGCUCUCGAGCUUGCGCCAGAACGGCAAGUCGCUUGUGCCGCAAAACUGGUCGUCGCUCCCGUCGACGACGACGACAACAUUGCUCGCGCCGCUGCGCUUGCAGCCGCAACCGCAUGUGCUCGGUGCCGGCCUCGACAUGCCGGGGCGCGGCAUCACGGAGCAGUGGUUCCUGGGCGGCGACCGGUCGACGAUGCCGAUGUUUCUGCCGGUGACGUUCCUCGUCUUUUCCGUGCUCGUGUUUGGCCGCCUCGUGACGAGCUUGGUGCUCGAGAAAGAGACGCGCGCCAAGUCGUACAUGCAGGCGCUCGGGCUCUCGCCGACGGCGCUCGUCAUGACGUGGUACAUGACGUACGGCAUCGUGCUCUUCCUUGGCGCGUUGCUCCAGAUGGGCGUCGGGUGCUGGACGCUCUUUACGUUUUCGAGUCCUCUCGUUUUGCUAUUGCUCUACGUCUGCUUUGGGCUUGCGUGCAUUGCGUUCGGGUACUUUCUCUCGAGUCUCUUUGCGUCGGCCAAGACCGGCGCCAACGUCGCCCAGCUCGUCUUUCUGAUCUGCGCCGGUGUCUCGCUCGCGUUCAACGACAAUUCGUCGGCUUCUAUCAAGGCAGUCGCGUCGCUUUUGCCGCCGACGGCCUUUACGUUUUCGAUGCAAGUCAUCAUGCAAGCCGAGUACAUUGCCACCGGCAUCUCGCUCGGAGCGAUCGGGAGCUUUGAACACCGACAGUACUCGCUUCGCACCGGGUUUGGCAUGCUCUUGGUCGACUUUGUGCUCUUCACGCUGCUGGGUGCGUAUGUCGAGCAGCUCAACGACGGACACCCGUGGUACUUUCCAUUCACAAAGCACUACUGGGCUUCGGCGGCCAUCGGCACGACGGCGACGUCGACCAAGGCGACGGCCACGAAUGGCAACAUGGAAGCCGUCGACGCGCAAUUGCAGGCGCAAGAAGCCGACGGCCGUGCGCUGCAAGUGCUCGGUCUCCGCAAGACGUUUGGCAAAAGCAAAGUCGCGGUCGAGGGCCUUCACAUGGCCAUGUACGAAGGGCAGAUCACGUGUCUUCUUGGUCACAACGGCGCCGGCAAGACGACGACGAUCUCGAUGCUCACGGGCAUGCUGCGCCCGACGUCCGGGUCGGCGUCGUUCCGGCACUUGGACUUGGACAAAGAUCUCGCCGCGCUCCGCAAGUACCUGGGCGUUUGCCCGCAGCAUGAUAUUCUCUACGACGACCUUACGGUCCGUGAGCACUUGACGUUCUACGCUAGCAUCAAGGGCCAGUUCGAUAUGGCCGUCGUCGAUGCCAUGUUGGACGACGUCGGUCUCACGGACAAGGCCCACGUCAAGGCCAGUGCGCUCUCGGGUGGUAUGAAGCGCAAGCUCUCGGUCGGCAUCGCGCUCAUUGGCGACAGUGCGCUCGUCUUCCUCGAUGAGCCGUCGUCGGGCAUGGAUCCGUACAGUCGCCGGAGCAUGUGGGAUCUCCUGCUGCGCAACCGCGCGGGGCGUGUCAUGAUUCUCACGACGCACUACAUGGAAGAAGCCGACGUCCUCGGUGACCGCAUUGCCAUCAUGGCCGACGGUGCGCUCCGGUGCGUCGGCUCGUCGCUCUUUUUGAAGAACCGGUUUGGCGCUGGCUACACGCUGACGCUGGUCAAGGCGCACGCUGACGUCGACAUUUCGGAUCUCGAGCGUCUCGUGCACGCGUUUGUGCCGUCGGCGGCGCUGCACUCGAACGUCGCGGCCGAAGUUGCGUUUCAGCUGCCGACGGCCCGCGCAUCGGCGUUUCCCGGUCUCUUCCGCGCCCUCGACUCGCAGAUGACCGACGUUGGCGUCACCUCGUACGGUGUCUCGGUCACGACGCUCGAAGAUGUUUUUAUCAACGUCACGACGGCAACGGCGACACCCGGCGACAUUGUUGUGCCGAUUCUCGAAGACUCGGGCGUGCCGUCCGACCGGGAAAACGCACCGUCCGUGGUGAAUGGCCGCCGGAGCCAGGUGGUGGCUCUUCUCAAGAAGCGCUUCCAUGUCGCCAAGCGGGACAAGAAGGCGCUCUUCAUCGCGGUGCUGCUCCCGGCGAUCCUCCUUGCGAUUGGCUUUGGGACCAUGAAGUUGAUCUAUGCCAGUACGUUGGAAGCUGCUGAGCCGCGCCUUCCGCUCGUGACGACCGAGUACCCGGCGCGGACUGCGCCCUACUACUGUCUCUAUGACGUCGACGGCGGUUGCGCUCGAGUCUUGAGUCGCUUCUCGGGCGUCACGACGAAACACGUGCCGACGUUCUCGACGCCGCUCUUUUCAUCGUCGAGCCCCAACGUCUUUGGUGCGACGUACUCGCCGCCGUCGUUCAACGUCUCGAGCGCCGACGCCACCGUGCUCCGGUUCGCGCAGGCGCUGCUCGACGAGACGUCGACGCAAGCGCAAAUGGGCGCGUACGUCGUUGCCGCCGACACCAACAUGUUUAGCUACAGCGUCUUUUCCAACUCGAGCGGUGACCACGCGUCGGCCAUCUACAAGGUGCAGAUGGACCAGGCGCUGCUUCGGUCGCUCGCCGGUACCAACGACAUUUCGCUUACCGUCGCUUCGUACCCGCUGCCGGCGUCGCGCGCCCAGACCGCGCGGAGCAAGGCACGGCUUGCGCAGUGGGGCCAAACGAUCGGGUUCACGGCCAACCUCUUCUUCCUCGUCGCGUUUGCUGUCUUUCCGGGCGCCGCCAUGACGUUCCUUAUCAAGGAGAAGCAGCUCACGGCCAAGCACCAGCAGCUCGUGUCCGGCGUCAAAUUGCACUUGUUCUGGGCCGCCAACUACAUCUGGGACCUCGGUUCAUACCUCGUGCUCUUUUUCUUGGCACUCGCCAUGAUCCAGGCGUUUGGGGUCACGGCGUUUCAAAACUCGGCGUCGACGGUCGCCCACGCGUUUGAUGCCGUCGUCGUCGUCUUUGGUCUCCUCGGGUUUGCGCUUGUGCCGCACACGUAUCUCGUGUCGUUUCUGCUGCAAGAACACGCGUCGGCGCAGAACACGGCGAUCCUCUUCCACUUGGCGACCGGUCUCAUCCUCUUCAUCGUGCAUUUGCUCCUCAACGGUAUGUUUGAGACGGACCUCUCGCCGGGCUUUUGUCUCUUCCCGCUCUUUGCCGCCGGCCACGCGCUCGACAAGAUCUCAACCGCCAAGAACGUCACGGGUGUCGCCGCCGACGGCUCGCCGACGUUUGUCCGCGCCGAGGCCUUUGACGGCGCCGUUGCAGGCAACGACAUGCUCUAUCUCGCGGCGACCGCCGUCGUCUUUACAUGUCUCGUCCUCGUCGUCGAGUUUGUUUCGACCAAGUCGCUGCACAAGAAGGAUGCAUCGGCGAAAGCAACGGGAACGACAUCGGUGCUCGACGUCGACGUCCAGCGGGAACACGACCGGAUUACUGCGCUUGCGUCCGACAAGGCGUCGAUCAACGCCCACGCGGUGGUCACCCACGGCCUCCAAAAAGUCUACGCGAACGGAUUCCUUGCCGUCCAAGACCUCUCGGUGGGCCUUCCGAAGGGCGAGUGCUUUGGGUUCCUCGGUAUCAACGGCGCCGGCAAGUCGACGACGCUCAAGAUGCUCAUGGGCCAGGUCGCACCGUCGGCCGGCGCCGCGUACCUUGCUGGCUACGACGUUUAUAGCCAGCAGACCGAGUCGCGCAGCCUCGUCGGCUACUGUCCGCAGUUUGAUGCGCUCUUUGACACGAUGACGGUCCGCGAACACUUGGAGCUCUACGCCGCGCUUCGGGGCCUCGAUGUUGCCAGCGCCGCGAGCGCCGUCACGUCGCUUUUGCACAAAUUGCAUCUGCAGUCGUUUGAGCACGUGCUGGCGGGCGACCUCAGCGGCGGCAACAAGCGCAAGACGUCGGUGGCGAUCGCGAUGAUCGGGUCGCCGCCCAUCAUCAUCCUCGACGAGCCGUCGACCGGCAUGGACCCGGUCUCGCGUCGCUUCAUGUGGGAGCUCAUCUCGGACAUUUCGACGAAUCAGCGUGAGUCGACGGUGAUUCUGACGACCCAUUCGAUGGAGGAGUGCGAGGCCCUGUGCUCGCGCGUCGGCAUCAUGGUCAGCGGCCAGCUCGAGUGCCUCGGGAGCAUCCAGCACCUCAAGCACCGGUUCGGGAACGGGCUCGUGCUCGACAUCAAGCAGCAUUUGCCGACGGCGUCGGACGUCGAGAUGCUUGUCGCCACCUUGCCACCGUCGCUUGCGUGGGCCGACGUCGAAGCCGCGUGCACCCGCCUCAAGCAGCCCAACCGCAUGGCGUUCGUCGACCUCGACCACGACACGGGCCGGCUCCUUGCGCUCGCGCUCGAGGCCGACGGCGCCGUUGACGCUCAGACGUUUGCCAACUGGUGGCUGGCCGAGGACCAGCACGACGCACUCCUCGCCCAGCUCGCCAGUGCCCACGGUCGCUUUAGCGUCCUGAGUCGCCAAGGCACGUUCGCCCGCAUCCAGGUGCACGUGAGUCUGGCGCAGAUCUUUGGCGUCAUUGAAGACGCCAAGGCGGUGCUGCGCGUCGCCGAGUACAGUGUCGCGCAAACGUCACUCGAGACGAUCUUCAACCAGUUUGCGAGCAAGCAGAAGAAGGAGGACGACCGCGUGCUCACCAAGAAAGGGUGCUGCCGCCGUCGCAAGGCACCCCCUGCGAACAGCAACUACGUCGCUGUCACCGGUCCGUAGCGACGUAUUAUCGCAUGUAUAUCGACCAUCAUAUAAGGUUGCAUUUGCA